AUGCUUCGAAAUGCUGCCCAUGCAGCUCGCAGAACUGUUACAGAGCUUUCGCAAUACCCGAAGCCAGGCGACAAGCUUCAUGGCUUCACCCUGAUACGAUCUAAACAUGUCCCUGAACUGGAACUGACGGCACUGCAUUUGCAACACGAUAAGACCGGUGCCGACUACCUCCACAUUGCUAGAGAAGACAGCAACAAUGUCUUCUCCAUCGGUUUCAAGACGAACCCUCCCGAUGACACCGGCGUUCCGCAUAUCUUGGAGCACACGACUUUAUGCGGAAGCAAGAAAUAUCCCAUCCGCGAUCCAUUCUUCAAGAUGCUACCCCGAACCCUUUCCAACUUCAUGAACGCCUUUACAGCCUCUGAUCACACCUUUUACCCGUUUGCGACCACAAAUGCCCAGGAUUUCAAGAAUCUCAUGUCUGUCUAUCUAGAUUCAACCCUGCAUCCACUGCUCAAGGAGUCUGACUUCGCCCAAGAGGGAUGGAGAAUUGGGCCCGAGAAUCCUCUCGGAGAGACCGAUGAGAGCAAGAAGCUGGUGUUCAAGGGUGUGGUGUACAAUGAGAUGAAGGGUCAGAUGUCGGAUGCUGGGUAUCUUUACUAUAUCCGCUUCCAAGAUCACAUCUUUCCGGACAUCAACAACUCAGGCGGCGACCCUCUAAAGAUUACCGAUUUGACUUACGAUCAGCUCAGGAGUUUUCACGCCGACCACUACCACCCCAGCAACUCCAAGUUGUUUACCUACGGUGACAUGCCCUUGAACGACCAUUUACGAGAAGUGAACGCGAGAUUGAAGGUGUUCAAUAAGAAGGAAAUCGACGAAACGGUCCACCAGCCGAUCGAACUCGAUGGCACCCGCGAAGUGACACUCAGAGGCCCCAUGGACCCUCUUGUCGACCCUGAUCGUCAAUACAAGAGCUCAGUGUCAUGGAUCAGCGGAGAUACCGCUGAUGUCGUCGAGUCUUUCUCGAUCGCAUUGCUCUCUACCCUGUUAAUGGAUGGUUAUGGCUCGCCCCUUUAUCGCGGUCUCAUUGAGACGGGGAUAGGGACUGACUGGAGCCCCAAUGCCGGAUACGAUAGCUCUGCCAAGCGCGGAAUCUUCUCAAUUGGCCUUACUGGGGUUCAAGAACUUGACGUUCCCAGGCUAAAGGAAACCGUUCAAGGGAUACUGAAAAAGGCUCGUGACAACGGCUUCGACAAGACCAAGAUUGAUGGCGCCUUGCACCAACUGGAGCUGUCCUUGAAGCACAAGACUGCCAACUUUGGAUUCUCUAUGCUCAACAGACUGAAACCAAAGUGGUUCAACGGAACUGACCCCUUUAGGUCUCUCGCUUGGAACGAUACCAUUUCAGCGUUUCAGGCGAAGCUGGCUAAAGGCGGCUAUCUCGAGGGCCUCGUUGAUAAGUACCUGCUCAACGACAAUACUAUGAUAUUCACCAUGGCUCCAUCUACCGCCUUUGGAGAAGAAGUUGCAACGGAAGAGCAACAGCGCCUUUCAUCUAGGAUUGCCGAUGCCAUUCAGACCGCCGGAGGAGAGGAGGAGGCUCGAAAGAAGUUUGAGCAGCAAGAACAGGAGCUUCUUGUUGAGCAAAACAAAACCAAUAGUGAAGAUCUCAGCUGCCUGCCGACUGUCCAUGUCAAAGAUAUCCCAAGAACGAAAGAGCCUGUGCAUGUGCACGACGAGGUACAAAAUGGCACGGCCAUUCAAUGGCACGAGGCACCCACGAAUGGUUUGACUUAUUUCCGUGCCAUCAAUACCCUGGAAAACUUGCCCGACGAUCUCCGGGAGCUUGUUCCUCUCUUCACAGAUAGCAUUAUGCGUCUUGGAACCAAGGAUAUGACCAUGGAGCAGCUCGAGGACCUCAUCAAGCUGACCACUGGAGGAGUCUCUGUCGGAUACCAUUCCACCCCUUCACCUUCCAACUGUCAUGCAUCUAGCGAAGGGAUCAUUUUUACUGGCAUGGCUUUGGAUAGAAAUGUCCCCGUCAUGUUCAAUAUCCUGCACAAGCUGGUCGUCGAGACGGACUUUGAUGGUCCUGAAGCAGCUCUCCGUAUUCGACAGCUACUCCAAGCCUCCGCAGACGGUAUUGUCAACGAUAUUGCUUCAUCGGGCCACCGCUUUGCCGUGGGCUAUGCUGAGUCGAGCAUCACACGGAGUGCAUGGUUACGCGAACAAGUCGCCGGACUGUCCCAAGUGAGACUGGUAACCCGGCUAGCUGGCCGCCCAGAAUCUGACAAGUUUGAAGACGUUAUCGACAAAUUGAAGCAAAUCCAACAAUUUGCACUCUCAAGCAAUAACAUGCGAACUGCAAUCACCUGCGGCUCAGAGAGCGUAACGCAAAACUCCAAUUCGCUCCAGUCCUUUAUGAAGAUUCUCCCUCGAGGUGUUUCGGAUUCAAAGAACCUAAAGCCGCGGCGCCUCCCUACAGACUGCAAGACUUUCUUUCCCCUCCCUUAUCAAGUGUACUAUGGAGGCUUGUCUGUACCGACUGUGGCCUAUACCGCGCCCGAUGGUGCACCGCUUCAAAUACUCUCGCAGCUCCUCACCCACAAGUAUCUGCACCACGAGAUUCGCGAAAAGGGAGGCGCAUACGGCGGAGGGGCCAUGCACAAGCCGCUCGAUGGUCUAUUCGGCUUCUACUCUUACCGUGACCCUAAUCCCCAAAACACAAUUAAGAUUAUGCGAAAUGCAGGCAGGUGGGCUGUCAGUAGAGAAUGGUCAGAUCGUGAUCUGGAGGAGGCCAAGAUUUCAGUCUUCCAGGCUGUUGAUGCCCCCAAGGCUGUCAACCAAGAGGGUAUGGGCAAAUUUCUCUCCGGCAUCACCGAGGAUAUGCGACAAAAAAAGAGACAUGAGCUUCUCGACGUGUCAAAGGACCACGUGAAGCAAGUUGCGCAGAAAUACCUCGUAGACGCAAUAAAAAAGGGCGAGGAACGCAUGGCUUUCCUCGGCGAGCGUCAGCCAUGGGUAGACGAAUCGUGGAAGACGCAGGAGAUGAAUGUUGCAGCUGGCGAAUGA